AUGAAUAUAUUAUUAAAUUUAACUAGUGUUAUACAAAAUCUAACAGGAAAUGAAAAAAUUCAAAACUUGAAUUAUUAUUAUCCGUUUCAGUGUUCAAUAACUGACUUAGAUGAUACUCUUAUUAGUCAAAAUAAUAGUUAUAUAUCUGAUAUGAAUGCUGUAACAUAUAGAACUCUUCAACUUUUCGGAGUAACUGUGUUCCCUACUGUAGGAUAUUCUUUACGUAGAGCAUUACAAUUAUUCUCAAAAGAGAUUAAUGAUAUAAUUUAUCAGAAAUGGAUUAAUAAUAGCAUAGUAAUAAAUAUUCUUAACUUUCUACAUUCUUUCACAAUUGUAAAUGAUGAACUGAUUUUUAGUGAAGAUAAAAUACUAAUUAAGGGUAUUGAGAAAUUUGGAAGAGCUGAUUUCACAAAGACAAAUAUAGUAAGUUAUUUAUUACUAACUUGCUACAUCCAUAUAGGUAUAGAAGACCAUUACAGUACUUUAUUUGAGAAUCACAAUAGUGAAUUAGUAAAUGAAUUUAUGAGAAUAGGAGUAAAGAUUGAAUUUGGAGUUAAAUUACUCAAUAUACUUAAAACUAAACCUAGUGAAGAAGAACAUAGAUUUUUCCGUAUUUUGAUGAUUGAGAAUGUUUCAAAGAAGAUAGCAAGUGAAAUUAUUUUAAAAGAUCUUGGCCUGUCUUUUAACCAGACUGCUUUUAUAGGAGAUGGCGAGAAUGACAUAGAUUUAAUGAAAGCUGUUAGCUACUCAAUAUCUGUGGAGAAUGCAAUUCAGGCAAUAAGACAUAUAGCGAGAUACAAAGUAGGACUAAAUUGUGAAAAUAGUCUUUCAUCUAUUAGUAAUACUUUAUGCUGGAGAAAGUUUCCAAGAAAUGAGCCGAAGUAG